CAGAAUGCAGCAGCAUCAUCCAACAUUACCCAAUAACCGUGUUGAAUAUUUACUACAUUCAGAUUAUGGCGAAACUUUUUGGAGAGCUUUUCUUCAAAUCUCUUUUCUUCUUUUGGUACCGUAUCCUCUUUAAGCAACUCAAGAAUCUCAUAGGAUUCCACAGAACUAUCAUCAACUCCUUCACAAACUCAACAACACAGUUCAACUUCAAAUACCAGAAAUUUCCCUCUCUGUUUCAUCGUUCUGACCUCAAUGACCACACUUUGAUCUUUGAUGUAGAAAACACUCUGCUGAAAACCCCAUCUCUGUUUCCAUACUUCAUGCUUGUAGCCUUUGAAGCUGGAGGUCCCCUGAGAGCCGUGGUGCUUGUUCUGCUAUACCCUCUUGUCUGUUUAGCAGGGGAGAAAAUGGGGUUGAAGAUCAUGGUCAUGGUAUCCUUCUUCGGGAUCAAAGCAGAGAGCUUCAGAGUUGGAAGGUCUGUUCUGCCAAAAUUCUUCUUGGAAGAUGUUGGUUCAGAAAUCUUUGAACUGCUGAAAAAAGGUGGGAAGAAAGUCGGUGUAAGCAACCUGCCAAGAGUAAUGGUGGAAAGCUUCUUGAGAGAGUACUUGGAGAUUGAUUUUGUUGUCGGCAGGGAGAUGAAAAUGUUUGGCGGGUACUACACUGGAUUGAUGGAUGAGAGCAGAAAAACUAUUGAGCAUGCUCUGGAGCAUGUUCAGGAAGGGAAAGGGUGUUCAGAUAUGAUUGGAAUUGCAAUGUUCAAUCAGAUUGAUGACCAUGAAAUUUUCUCUCAUUGCAAGGAUGUUUAUGUUGUGUCAGAAGCUGACAAGAGAAGCUGGCAAAAGCUAGCAAAGGACAAUUACCCAAAACCACUUAUCUUUCACGAUGGAAGAUUGGCUCUAAGGCCCACUCCAAUGGACUCAGUAGCAAUGUUGAUGUGGCUCCCAUGGGGGUUGAUCCUUUCUAUUAUGAGAAUCUCACUGGCUCUCUCACUUCCAUUCAAAAUCUCAACGCCCUUGUUGGUAUUCAGCGGGUUGCAUCUCACAUCUUCAAUUCCCAACAACAAAAACAGAGAAAACGGUAAAAACCACGGUCAUCUCUACGUGUGUAACCACAGAACUUUGCUAGACCCUCUCUACAUCUCAUUCUCAUUACAGAAGAACUUAAUCGCGGUGACUUAUAGCUUAAGCAGAAUGUCUGAAAUUCUGGCACCAAUCAAGACGGUGCGUUUGACACGGAACAGGGACAAGGAUGCAAAUAUGAUGCAAAACUUGCUGGGUCAAGGUGACCUUGUUGUGUGCCCUGAAGGGACCACUUGUAGGGAGCCCUAUUUAUUGCGGUUCAGCCCUCUGUUUUCGGAAAUGUGCGAUGACAUAACACCCGUAGCUGUCGAUAGCCACGUUAGCAUGUUCCACGGCACAACCGCUGGUGGGCUCAAGUGCUUAGACCCAGUAUUUUUCCUCAUGAACCCGUCCCCAGUCUACACGGUUCAACUUCUAAACCAGGUAGAACGUUCAUGUUCACCUUCGUGUCCACACGAAAAGCGUGAACACGAAUGUGAACGUGAAAGUGAACACGAAGGUGUACACUCAAGAUUUGACGUGGCUAAUGAUGUGCAAACGCAAAUUGGAGACGCAUUGGGAUUUGAGUGCACUAAACUUACAAGGAAAGAUAAGUAUUUGAUUUUGGCUGGUAAUGAAGGUGUAGUUAGUUGUUCCACCAAAAGGAGUUGUGAAUGAGAGAGCUACAUUUUGUGAAGUCAUCACUCACCAACGAACUGUUACCUGUAAGGAAAGUGAAGUUGUGAAAAGGAAAGAAUGGAUCGGUGUCUAGUCCAUUCAGUUUUAUUAGCUAGCUUUACGUUUGCUAACUAAGCUCGUGGACCUCAAGGAUAAAUGGUUCUUUUCCUCCCUUGUGAAUUCUGAUUGAUUUUUUUGUUUUUUGUAAUUUAUAAAUUUGUAUUAAUUCCUUUUUUGUAAUACAAAGUGAUGCCGAUUCUUAUC